AUGACUAGCGGACACAGCGAGUCAGUCACCCCCCACAUCACUGCGCGUUCAGCAGAGGGUCUAUCGUUAAACCCUGAUGACAGGGAGACGCGCACGCAACCCUCAGACUCUGCGUUCAUUCGCCUCACUCUAGUUGGCUCAGCUCUCCUCGGCGCGGUUGCGCUGCUCCCGUAUGCCAUACUACGCAGACAGUUCAUCUCCCUAGAGCGACGCCUAGAGCACGCGACGAUCGCGAACGAUGCGCUGCAGAGAGACAUGCAGAAGCUGCUCGAGCAGGACAUCGUCAGGCGGGGCGAGUACAAGCAGCUGGGCGGGCUGAUAUCGGAGGCGAAGCACAGCAUGGAGGAGGUGCGCCGGGCGGGCGAGCGGCGAGAGGCCGAGCAGCGCACGCUGGAUGGCAAGCUCCUCGGAGGCAUACAGGAGCUGAAGACCGUCGUCGAGAGGACGGAGACGGCGGCGGUGGAGCGCCAUCUGGCUGGGACGGAGUGGAUGCGCGAUAUCCUCGACAGGUUCCGCUGGUCGGGCAAGAAGUGA